UGUGAGUGCUGGAGAGAUUCAUUGAGUCUCUGCGCAGCGGGGAAAGAAAGAAACACACACGAGAUGAUCUGGACCGUUUUCCUGCUGGUGCAAGCUGUGCUGCUUUAUGUUAUCCUCACACACAGGUCGAGAUCGAAGAACGAUCCUCCUCUGGACAAAGGGGUGAUCCCAUGGUUAGGUCAUGCACUGGAGUUUGGAAAAGAUGCCUCCAAGUUCUUGAAUCGAAUGAAGCUGAAACACGGCGACAUCUUCACAGUGCGUGCUGCUGGACGCUAUGUGACGGUGCUGCUGGAUCCGCACUCGUACGACAAGGUCAUCAACGACUCGGACUCCCUGGACUUCACUCGCUAUGCUCAGGUGCUCAUGGAGCGGAUCUUCAACCUGCGGCUCCCGCAUCACCAGCCGGCCAAAGCAAAAGCCAUGAUGAAACAGCACUUCCAGGGAAUGAAUUUGGCCACCAUGAACAGCACCAUGAGCAGACACCUGCAGGCCUCGCUGAAAGCCGAAAUGCCUCAGAACCAGAAAGACUGGAAAGAGGAGGGACUGUUCAACCUCUCUUACAGCUUACUCUUCCAGGUGGGGUACCUGACGCUGUUCGGAGGAGAACAAAACAACAACAGCACAGAUCCCUCAAGAGUCUACGAGGAGUACAAGAAGUUUGAUGGCUUCUUAACCAAAAUGGCGAGAGGCACGCUAAAGCCAGAGGAGAAGAGGACAGCCCAGAGUGUUCGCCAGAGACUGUGGGAGCUACUGGCUCCGGCAGGUCUGACUGAGGACUCGGGGUCGAGCCCCUGGCUUCACGCCUACAGGCAGCUCCUGCAGGAGGAAGGGGCCGACGAGGAGACGCAGAAGAAAGCUCUACUGAUGCAGCUCUGGGCCACACAGGGUAAUGUUGGUCCUGCUGCAUUUUGGCUGUUGGGCUACUUAUUGACAAAUCCUGAAGCUCUGACUGCGGUGAGGAGGGAGUUCAGCGGGAUCUCACCGAUGGAAACCUCAGAGACCUCAUUAGUGGACGGACCUGUGAACACCCCUGUGUUUGAUAGCGUCUUGGAAGAGACACUUCGACUCACUGCUGCCUCCUUCAUCACCAGAGAGGUAGUGCAUCAAAAGACCCUCCUCAUGGCUGAUGGCCAAGAGUACCUGCUAAGGAAAGGAGACCGAGUGUGUUUGUUCCCCUUCAACAGCCCUCAGAUGGACCCUGAGAUUCACCAUGAGCCACAGAAAUACAAGUACAAUCGCUUCCUGAAUGAAGAUGGAUCAGCGAAGAAAGAUUUUUAUAAAGGAGGGAGGCGGCUGAAGUAUUACACCAUGCCGUGGGGCGCCGGGACCAACGGUUGUGUGGGAAAGCAGUUCGCCAUCAAUACCAUCAGACAGUUUGUUUACACGCUGUUGACUAACUAUGAAUUGGAGCUGUGUGAUCCAGACGCUCCGAUGCCGGAGGUGAACGCCAGUCGUUAUGGAUUUGGGAUGCUACAACCAGAGGGGGACCUGCUUGUCCGAUACAAACCUAGGAAUACACACUAGGACUUUAAAAAAAACACCUGUUUUUGUUAUGCACAUUUCAACACAUGCACAUUGUUUAUAGUGUCAAUACGCCCUUUGUACUUUUGUAUUCUAUAUUUAUAUCAUAUAGUGUAUCAUUAUUUUAUUAUUUAUCAAUAAAUGUAAUUAAUAUAUUGUUUACCAUA